AUGGCCUGGUCCUCCCUAUCCGACACUGAGCGCUGUAUAUAUGGUGAAAUCCAAUUGCUUCAGGGUCCAAACACGCCAUACAAUAUCUGGAUAGAGAUCAUUGAUCAGUGGGUGAUCAUGGAACGUCAUGAUAAUGGUGAUGAAAAUAAUAAUAAAAAUAAUGGCGGAUUAUCUGCAUCCUCCCUUGAAGACUCGAGAGCUUCGAGUGAAGGAUCAACAUCAUCAUCCUCAGACAUGGUGGACGAUGCAUCUUCACCAAAUUCAUUUACUUUUUCAUUCGCACAUUCCAGUGGACCUUUGUUUGAAUUGUCGGAGCUCAUGGCCCAACUACCCAUCAAGAGAGGACUUUCCAAGUACUUUGAAGGCAAGUCUCAGUCUUUUACAUCUCUUUCAAGGGUGAUGAACAUAGAAGACCUAGCAAAGAAGGAAACUCCUUAUAGAAGAAAAAUGAAGCCAUGCAAGAGCUAUGGGGGUGGCUUGGAUAACCACAAACCAUACACUACCCUUCCCAAGGCAACCAUUUCUAAGAAGGCAUCUAGAUCCAGGUUCUUUGUCUCUUCCAAGUAGAAGAGGAAUCGAAGUUUCUUGGCUAUCAGUAGGCCCCUCCAAUCCCUGUGCAGAAGAACUUUUGAUCUGUAAUGAAACCUAUUAAAAGCAUGAUCUGGCAGGGGAAACACAUUGUUUUAACUCGAGGUCAUAUAUUUAGGGUAAGGAGCAGAUGUAUUCAGAAAAGCUCCAGUCCUCAUGUACAAAAAAAUAAUAAUAAUGAUGAGUGCCUUUUGCGGCUGUAUUUUUUUUUA